GGCCCACCCGGGCACAGUGACAUAGUUAAAACAGAGGCUCUUUGUCUCGUUCUUAUAAUUACCAAUGACCAGUCCCUAUAAUGCACCUCACUAUAUUUUGGGCGGGAAUCUUACAUGUUUUGACCUUUUUGAUUUUGACGUUUAGUGCAAUCACCAAAAUAAACAUAAAAUCUCAGCUUGAUUUUGUACAAGGAAGAUGUAAAUGAAUCGCAACAAUGAAGACUGUAUCUUCGUUGAAAAGUAACAGUAAAGUAGAAUCGCCAAAAACACCAGGUGGUAUAAGUAAAUCAUUGCUCACACCUUGUCGAAGAGUUGGACUCUCCCGUAACUGGAGAAACAAAGGGCCUUCGCCGUUUAUAUCUCCACUUUCAGGCAAUACUGAAACAAAAAUUGAAAGCAUCGGCACGUCAAAAAAGAGAAAACAUCUGUCUGAUGAAGAAGUAUCAAAAGAACCAGAACAGGAACUUUCCUCAAAAGAAUGCUUAGAUAAUUCACAGAACAAUAAACCUCUAGUAACAAGCACAGAUAUCGAUACAACACCGUCUAGAAACAUCAGUAUUCCGCAAAGGAAAAGAUCUAAAACUUUAAUAACCUCCAAAAUUGACAACAGUAUUACUGAAACACAGGUUCCAGAGACACAUUUCUACACAUUUAAUGAAAAAGAAAACGUAGAAGUGGAAUUAAACAAAGGAAAAAUAGAAAACAUAGCUGUUGAAGAGAAAGUGGUAACAACACCUAGUAGAACUAAUUCUAACACUAUAAGAAAAAGCAAGAGGCCAACAGAUAGUGUACAAUCAUUUACAACAAACAACUCUCAAGUUGAUUACAGUAAUAAAGUGGAAGACUGCUCUGACAACAAUAUAAUAAAAGAUCAACAAAAAGUUUGUGAAAAGAAAAGUCCUGAGAACUUGACUAAAGAAUGUAUUGUGCUUAUCCAAAAAAAGAUAUUUAAAAAAGACAUAGAUAAAAUAAAACAGUGCAAUAAAUUGAAGACCAAAGAUGUAAACCCUGUUUCACAAACUUUGUUUGAUUCAGAUUCUGAUGAUGUACCAUUAAGUAUAUUGAAUAAAAAGAAUGAGUCAAAAGUAGUAGAACCAACUAUAAUAAACUUAGAUGAUGAUGAUGAUUUUACUGAAAGUACUAAGGUAAAAGUUAAAAAGUUAGAGGAUAAAACUACUUCUACAGGAGGCUUACAUAAUAAAACAAAUGUCAAAAAGAAAUCUAACAAACAGACGGAAGUUGUGCAAAAGUUAAAAACUGAAUCUGUUUGUCUUGAGCCUAAGCCUUCUCAAUCACAAUCUUCUUUUGACGAUGAUGAAGAUUUUGCGAUAGACAAAAGAACUAUACUAAUAAGAAAGUCUUAUGAGAAAGUCACUAAGCCAUCUAAAGCAAAAUCUACUGGUUCAAUAACUCAAAAAGACAUUGAUAAUAUAAAAGCUCGUAUUGAAAUUAAGAAAAAACUACUCUUAGCUAAAGCUAUGACUGAAGAUACUGAAGAACUAAGAGAGUUAGUAAAAAAAUGGCAAAAAGGAUGUCAGGAUGCUGUUAUGGAAUUAAUGCAGUUAAUUAGACAAAAAUUUCCUGAUAAGCAGAAUAUGGAUUACUCUGAAAUUCUUUCUAGUCUCAAGAUACCAGUUUCUAUGGUUGGGUAUGAUGAAGAAAAUGAUAGUUUUAUCACACCCACUGAUGAAGAUAUUAUUCUAGCUAAGUUCCGUGAUUUGUAAUUUGUUUUAAAUGUAAUAAAAGUAUUUGUUGUUGAUUUGUGAUAAAACUUUUGUUUACAAAUUAUUGCCAUGGUAUCGUAAUCC